UGUUGGGGGGUGGGCGGGCAAGAGUGAUUCGUCAAAGUGAUCUUCUUUGUUAAUCAGGGAGAGCCACCUGCGCGUGAACCCGAUUGGUGGAAGCUUCUCUCUCUGUCUCUCUCUGUCUCUCUGUCUCUCUCUCUCUGAAGAAAGAAGCCAUCCUCCAUCUUUGUCCACAAGCAGAAAACCCAACAGCUGAGUCCCCCUCUUCCUUCUCUUUACUGCACAUUUUUUUUUUCUCCUUUAUAAAAAUAUUAGUUUUGGCAUGAUUUCCUCACAUAAAUUAUUUAUUUAUCCUCUUGCAUUUCUCAGCCUGCAAUUCACGCUACUUGUUUCUGUUCAGAUGUCGUUGUGUUUCCAUUACACUCCUCGGUUUCUUCCCCCGUGCAUAAUAAUUUCAUUUUUGGGGGGCCUCAUGAUUGGUUUCUUGUAUUUUCACGUAUCACGAUCUUUUGGAAUUUUAUGUAUUUUUUGUUCCUGCUGAAGGCUUCAAAUUAACCGUCACGAGGGAAAAAAACAGGCACAGAAUUAGUUCUUGAUUGAGUGAUUGUCAUUUCUUGAUACUGGAAAUCCUUUUGGUGCCUAAUUAUCAAUUGGUUAUGUUAUUCAAACAAAAGGGUAAGUGGAAAAAAGUAGCCCCAAGUAAAAAAAUUUGUUCUUGGUGAUAAUGGGAAAGGUUAGACUGUAGUAGUGGAAGCCAGGACAUUGAAAUUGGAUCAGAAGGGUCUGUCUCAGCAAGAAUCAAGCUGUCAAUGCAAGGACCACAUUGGCUAAAUUGCAUUAGUUGGGCAAAGGGAAAUAAGUUCGGGACUCGCUCGCUAUUGUUAACAGAUGGUGAGAUGCUGGAGAGAGAGCCAAAAGCUUUGUGUCGUGCAGGGAAAGAGUGCAAGUGUCAAAGCUGAGACAUUGACAGAAAUAAAUACUCGCCCUCUAUGAUACUCAGAGGAUUUAUGGCUAGAGGCAGAAAGUAGGAGGCUCAAAUUUUACUACCCUGUGAUGAUGCUGUUUGUUAAAUUAAGGUUUUGAUCUGCUGUAUAAAACUGUUUUGAGAGUAUUUAGAGUUUGAAUCUUGUGGUCGUGAAAGAUGGACAAAUUUUGAUUGGUGCAUCUUCUUGGAUACUUCUUGUUGGAAAAAGAAGGGAGAUCGAAUGUGAUGCUCAAUGUUUCUUUUAGGAUAUUCUUAACUCGGUCCGGUUUCGAACUUUUAUCUUAUAGAAAAAUCUGAAAGUCAUCGAAGAUUUCUGCUGGCAUACGAGGGUUACAAAUUCACAGCUACACUAGUUUUAUCUUGAAGAAUGUUAUUGCGCCUGGAAGCAUGAUGAUUUGGCAAGCCGGUUACUACUAUUGGGGAUUACUUGCUUAUCUGCUAUAGGAAAGAUGGUUUCAACUAUUUGUAGCUACAAUAUAUAGACACUCGCUUCAGAGAUACCAGUCCAGUCACUUGUAGUAUGGUUGUGUCUCUUGAUCUGAGCUGGAUUACCAUUGUUCGUGUUGACAUUAUUUGCUCUUAACAAAAAUCGGCUUGUCCGGGAGGCAGACGAGGAGCUUGAGGUUGAUCAUGUAAAGUAUUGAGCCAAAUUGGUCCAUUAGGCAAGUCUUAAUUUUACAAGGUUUAUUAUAGCACAGAACACUUAAAUUUCCUGUUCAAGAAGGAUUAGACUUCUUAUACAAUUCCACCUCCAGACUACAUUAUAGCUACGAUUAAGCUGUUGGUUCAAUUUCUUAAGUGCAGAGUCUGCUAGUAUUUCUAAUUUUCUGGUGAUGAAGGGAAGCGCAAGUGUCUUGGCUUCCUAUUGGACAUUGAGGACAGCUGCUUAACGCUUCAUGGAGCAGGGGUUUCAGAGUCGGCAAAUGUCACAACCAGUAAGAAAACUGGCUCUUUUCAGUAACACUGUCGGGAAAAUUUCAUUUGCCUGACAAUGAUUUGAUUGAUACUCCGAUACAUUGCCUUGCCUUUGUUGAUGUAAUAGUCUAAAACUUAGUUUACCCUCUUGGGGCAGACUGCUUUCCAACCUAACAAUCUCUCUCUCUCUCCAUGAAAAAUUUGACCUGCUUGAAUCGGAUGGAAUGGACCAGUUGACAAAUCAAAGUAGAGUUUAGUCUUGUUCUGGAAAUUAAUAUUUUUUGUUUUUGCUGAUCUAAUGAUAUAGUUGCUCCCUUUGAACACUACUAAUUCACUCGUGCAACAAGUUUGGUGAACCAUUUUCUUGUUUUUUAUUUUUUAUUUUACUCUGUCUAUCCCAUUUAUAGGGUGCAUGUUUCAUGUCCAUCAAUCUAUUGCAGCAGUAAUUUUCCUCUCUUUGGCCUUUAAUUUUCAUUACUGUUGCUGUCUGGAACCUCUGCUAAAAGACAGAAGCCUUGCCUCUGCUUCCUCCAAUUAGAGUCAAGAGAAUUGGAGCGUCCAUUAAAAAACAAAAUAUGUAGAGAAAGAUGCAAAAGGAAAAGGAAAAUAGUAAUCAAAGGGAAGAGAGAGACUGGUAUGGAGCAUUUCUGUCUUUUAACAUACUGUCUUUUGAAAAGGUCCAAAUUCUUUGUUUCUUGAACAGACUUUAAUCAUCUUAGAGGAUUCCUUUAGACAGAAAAAAAAGAAAAAAAGAGGAAAUUUUUUUCCCAACUCAUUUACAUGAAAAGAAAAAAAUAGAGAAGGUUACAACAGUAAUGGAGAUUCUUCUGUCAGUCUCUCUAGGCUUUUGCUGAAGUCCUUUUGGAGCCCGGUCCCUUGUUAUUUUCAAGCCAAAAUCUCAGCGUGCCCACCCUUGUUUCAUGCCCCAAAAUACCCUUUUUAGAGCGAGAAAAAAAAUCACUGCGGGAAUUGAAAAUUACAAACCAAUAUUCACCCAUGGUACUAAAAAGAACCCUACUUCCCCACCAACCCAAGAAUCCAACUUUAAGGUGUACCAACAACCUAGGAAUCAAAGGGUCGUCACCUUUGCAUAAAGAGGACUACCUUUCUAGGAUUACCAGUUCUUGUGUGCGUGGUUUGAUGCUUCAGUCAUAUGAUCUUGGACCAAAAUCCAUUGCGUUGUCUGUUUCCAUGCAUUAAUUAUCGUUCAUACAUUUAAGUUGAAUGCAUAUUUCUCUUUUUCACUGUCAGUAUGGUAGAAAAACAUGCAUUCUCGACGAAGCUUCUGCAUAUCUUGGUGAAUGGAGUUCGGUAUUAGGACCAAUUUGUUGACAAAUAUGUGUAGCUCAUUUGCUGCUUUUGAAUUUAUUAGGCAGCGCAAUGAGGUGUUUGGCGACACUUCACAAGUCCUGGCGUCUCAGUAGCCAAGGUGAUUUUGCAAAAACUUGGAUUUGAGGGUUUAUCACCUUAGCUUUAUGUUGGCAAAAAUAGCUUUAUCAUUUCAGAUACUGUCUUUUCAACAGCUUAGGAUAUGGACUUGCACUUAAAAGUAGAUGCUUGCGAACACCUUAUAGGCACAAUUGUGCCACAACUCAACACGGCAUAAUUCAGCACCAAAAGCUACGGGACUGCCAAAUGAGCUAUCAGUCAUUUUCUUUUCUUUAUUGAAAAGCAUCGAGUUGGUUAUGUGGUGUUUACCCUUUCCCUGAGUUGGGUUUUCUCUUUUGGGAUAAACCUUUGCCGAGGUAAAGAAGCUAGUGUUUCACAAGAUGUUGGUGAAAGAGUAGGGUACUUCAGGAACAAGAAGACCCUUCCUAACUGCCCAUUUAUUAUUCCUGCUAAUAAAAUGGUAACCAACGUGUUUGCUAAAAUAGGGAAAAAUCCAAGAAAGUUUAAAAACUCUAGACUGGCCCAAGCUAUUUAUAUCACACAUCCACGAGACCCUCCUUAGGACAUCUCAGGAUCAGCUUCUGCCUCCUCUCUCCCCCCCCCCCCCCCCUCUCUCUCUCUCUCUCUCUCUCUCUCUCUCUCUCUCUCUCUCUCUCUCUCUCUCUGCAUACUGUACUUUGUCUUUCAGAGUGUAAGAAAAAAGAAACCCAUGAUUCUCCUUAACCACCGUUUCUCUGUAUUACCUUUCCUCCUACUCUGAGGAAUCAAAACACACCCAAAAAGGCAUAUUAUGGGCAGAUCUUCAAAACAAGAGACCAGAGAGGCAAUGGAAAUAGGCAGUAAGCCCUGUAAGCUCAAGGACGAGGCUCAUCUUUCUGGUGCUUAUAUCCGUAGCUUGGUGAAACAAUUGACCUCAUCAAGAACCAAAGAUCCCAUGAGCUCACAACAGGAUCCAGAAUCCGUUGAUAGCGAUGGUUUCUCUGCCCAAAGUUUAUCCAAAUUUCAAGAGGCUUUCGGUGAAACCCAACAACAAUCUCAGCAACCUCCACCACCCCACAAAAAGCAGGUCAGGAGGAGACUCCAUACCAGUAGGCCUUUCCAAGAAAGGCUUCUGAAUAUGGCUGAGGCUAGGAGAGAGAUUGUCACUGCACUGAAAUUCCACAGAGCAGCUAUGAAACAAGCCAAAGAGAAACAGAUACAACAAGAAAAAGAUCAACAUCAGCAGCAGCUAUCACCGCCGCCGCUGCCAAUUCAUCCACAACCUCAGCCAUGUCCUGAAGAAGGAAAAAUAGUGCCCAGAAUGGACCAAAAGAUUAGCCAUUCAUCAUACCAUGCCUUUUCCUCAAAUUAUGUUGGAAAUCUUGCCUACCCCUCUUUCUCAUAUCCUCCACCACCUCCUCCAAACCCUUUUUCCUCCUGGCCAAUUUCUCCAACUUCCCCUCUACCUGCUGCUGAGAGCCUGAACUUCAUACUUCCAAACCAGCCCUUAGGGCUCAAUCUGAAUUUCCAUGAUUUUGACAACCUCGUAGAGACCAAUCUUUACCACAAUGGUAACAACCCACCAUCCAUCUACUCAGCCUCGUCUCCAUCAUCAUCUUCCUCUCCUACCUUGUCUGUUGCUGCAGAGGAGGCUGCUCCUUCAGUGGGGGCUUCUUCUUCUGAGGGGCCUCCCAUGGUGGCUGUGGCUGAGGCCACUGAGCCAGGGUCACCUAGUGGUGGUGGAGGGUUGCACCAGGUGGUGGCCGAUGAGGAGAUAGCAGAGAUCAGGUCAAUUGGGGAGCAGCACCAGAUGGAGUGGAAUGAUGCCAUGAACCUGGUCACAUCAGCCUGGUGGUUCAAGUGCUUGAAGGAUUUGGACAUUGGACCUGAAGUGAAGGCUGAGGAUGAUGGGUACCAACCCUUUGAUGAGGUCAUGGAGUUCCCUUCCUGGUUGAGUUCAAAUGAGAAUUGCUUGCAGCAACAUCUCAAUGAUUGCUUCUCAGAGGACUAUUACCAAGAUCCUGCCUUACCUUGCAUGGACAUAGGAGAAAUCGAAGGAAUUGAUGGGGAGUGGCUAUCGUGACAAAGAUUGAUUUUUUUUGGUUAAUCAAAUCUUUGCUUCUUGCAGAUGCAUAUUUUUCUGAGGAUCAAGUUGCUUCUUUUUGUACUUUGUAGUCUGUUUCUUAGAACUCUUCUCCCUCCUCCUCCCCCACAUUAAUAAGGCUUGCAGAAGAAAGCUGAAGUUGGCGAAGCCUCAAGAGGAAAGAAUAACUUCUAGGGAAGGAAGUGAAUGUGCUUUCCUCAGUCUAGGUCCAAUUAUUGGGAAAUUUUUGUAGUUUUAAUAUGUAUACAUAUAUUACAUAUAAUAUAUAUACUUUUUUUU